UGCUAUACACGUAUAACUUAUAGAUGUGAACUCUGUCUCUGUUCUCACUCUCUUAUUUCCUUUAUACUUUCCCUCUCUCUUCCUCUUGAUCUUUUUUUCAUCGUCAGUCUGCCAUCGAGAGUCGCCGGUUAUCGUUCGAGAUGACCGCAAUAAUUCCGUGGAUCUGUUUCUGCGCGUUGUUUUCAGGAAUUUUUGCGAGUCAACAUCGAAGAAAAGACGGAUUUCAGAAUACUUUGGGACACUUGAGAACGAGUACUCCAACGGAGGUUCAAGAGAAAGCAGCGAAAGAUUUGAUUAAAAGAUUAUUAGGGAAUGACGUAGCUCGUUUGUUCAAUGUCAUCGUCGAUCCUAAUCUCGGUCCUUCGGAAAAGGAUACUUUCCAGAUUAAGAAGAAUGAUCUUGGAGAGAUCGAGAUUCGUGGUACUUGCGGGGUGGCUGUUACAUGGGGUUUGCAUUAUUAUUUGAAAAAUUAUUGCAACGUUCAUAUUUCAUGGGAUGGAAAUCAAAUCGAGCUACCUCAUACGUUGCCAGAUGUCCGUGUUACGAUCACGUCGAACGACAGAUUUAGGUAUUAUCAGAACGUAUGUACGUUGGGCUAUAGUUCAGUUUGGUGGCAAUGGGAUCAAUGGGAAAAGAAUCUAGAUUGGAUGGCUCUUAAUGGGAUAAAUCUUGCUCUCGCUUUUAAUGGACAAGAAGCUAUAUGGGAGAGAGUCUAUGUCGAAUUGAAUCUAACCAUAGAUGAAAUAGACGAACAUUUCGGUGGACCUGCUUUUCUACCUUGGACCAGGAUGGGCAAUAUUCGUGGAUUUGCUGGAUCAUUGACUACUCAUUGGCAUUAUCAAAGUAUUCGUCUACAGCAUCGUAUACUUCAAAGGAUGAGAGAACUCGGUAUUAUCCCUGUAUUACCUGCUUUUGCUGGUCACGUGCCAAGAGCCUUCGCCAGAUUAUUUCCCAAUGCAAAAAUGACAAAAAUCGAUAGUUGGAAUAAAUUCGAAGACAGAUAUUGCUGUCCUUACUUGUUGGAUCCUACGGAUGAAUUAUUCCAAACAGUCGGUGAAAUGUUUUUACGAGCGUACAUCGAGGAAUUUGGAACGGAUCAUAUCUACAAUUGCGAUACUUUUAACGAAAACGAACCUGGUAACAGCGAGCUAAGUUAUUUGGAAAACGUUUCGAGGUCAAUUUUCACGGUCAUGAGUAGCGUCGAUCCUCAAGCGAUAUGGUUGAUGCAAGGAUGGCUGUUCGUUCAUGAUUUCAUAUUCUGGACCGAGCCUAGAGUGAAAACUUUUUUAACUUCGGUACCUAUCGGAAAAAUGAUAGUAUUGGAUCUGCAGUCCGAACAAUUUCCACAAUACGCGAGAUUGAAGUCUUAUUAUGGUCAACCUUUCAUAUGGUGUAUGUUACAUAAUUUUGGUGGCACUUUGGGAAUGUUUGGUUCGGUAGAGAUCAUCAAUAAACGAGUGUUCGAAGGAAGAGAUAUGGCUGGUAGCACGAUGAUAGGAACAGGCCUCACUCCGGAAGGUAUUAAUCAAAAUUACGUCAUUUACGAAUUGAUGAACGAGAUGUCUUAUCGUCGCGAGCCAGUUGACCUUGAUUCAUGGUUUGGAAAUUAUGCUACACGUAGAUACGGUGCACAAAACGAGUAUGCCACGAGAGCUUGGAAAAAUCUAGGAAAAACAAUUUAUAAUUUUGUCGGAUUAGAAAAGAUUCGCGGAAAGUACGUCGUUAGUACGCGACCGAGUUUAAAACUUUAUCCUUGGACUUGGUACGAGCCGGAUAAAUUUUUAAACAGUUGGAAUACAUUAAUGAUGGCACGAUACGGAAGAGGAAACAGUACUUUGUACAAACACGACGUAGUCGAUUUAACGAGACAAGCACUUCAAUUAAUAGCCGAUCGAGUUUACGCUAACAUCAUUGAUUCGUUUAAUAAGAAGAAUCUGACUGCACUUCGAUCACAUUCCGCUUUGAUGUUCGAUUUAUUCGACGAUCUCGAGAUCAUCCUGGCAUCGAGUAAAGACUUUUUGUUAGGUACGUGGUUGAAAGCUGCAAAAGCUAUGGCAGAAGAUGGAAAUGAAAAGGAACUCGAGUCUUACGAGUAUAACGCGAGAAAUCAGAUCACUCUUUGGGGACCGAACGGUGAAAUAAGGGACUAUGCUAACAAACAAUGGUCCGGAGUCGUUAUCGAUUACUUCAAACCAAGAUGGAUGAUUUUUCUUAAAGCACUCGACGAUACUCUCGCUAAAAAAAUAAAGCUUAACGUGACCGAGAUCAACGAGAAAAUCUUCGUUGACGUCGAGGAACCAUUUACUCGAUCGAAAAAGAUUUAUUCAACCGAACCGAAAGGUGACUCCAUCGACAUAGCUAUGAAAAUGAUCGAGAAAUGGUACAAACCAAAUCUAACGAUGAAAAUUCGAGGAUCGAGAAAAUCACGAGUCUGAUCAUCGAAUCCAUCGAUCAUCGAUCGUGUCGAAUCAAGUCAAGCUAGUUUUUACUUUUUUAAUAUAGUCUAUAAAAUUUCUAUGUACUUUGUUGAUAUUUAAAAUUCUCUGGAAAUAUCUAAAUU